AUGUCUACGACGAGCGAUCGGGAACCUGAAAGUCAGCGGGAGUCCGGCGAAAAUGCCAACAGGCCUAGCUGGUUACCCGAUUGGCUUGAUCUGACAUCAGACGAUGCCAAGACGGUCCUGAUUGCGUUUGGAAUAUCGCUGGUGUUUCGAUGGUUUAUCGCGGAACCACGGUUUAUACCGUCGCUGUCAAUGUUUCCGACUUUCGACAUUGGCGACAGAAUAAUCGCGGAGAAGGUCUCCUACUAUUUCCGAGAACCAGAGGUUGGCGACAUUGUCAUUUUCAAGGCACCCGAGGUUCUUCAGGAACGAGGCUACAGUGCUGGCGAAGUAUUUAUCAAGCGAAUUAUAGCUACUGCCGGCGACGUUGUGGAGGUUAAAGCUGGGAAAACCUAUGUGAAUGGUGUUGAGAGGAGUGAUGAGUUCACUUUUGAGCCACCUGCAUAUGAUAUGAAGCCUCAGUAUGUUCCACCAGGAUACGUGUUUGUCAUGGGAGACAAUCGUAACAACAGCUAUGACUCGCACAUCUGGGGCCCUCUACCAGUGAAAAAUGUAUUGGGUCGAUCAAUCUACAGAUACUGGCCUCCUAACAGACUGGGGUCUACAGUUUUGGAAGAAUCAGCGGAAUUCAGUGCAGAAUCUGCUCCUCAAUUGAAGUCCACAUGA